AUGCCUCCCUAUGUCUCCCGUAAGCGAACACGCGAUUGCACUCCUACGGUUGCGGACAGCCCGAAAGACAAGGCCCAGUCUAAGGGGUUUACAGCCCCGCAACGCAAGGCGACGCUUUUCGAUGAUCUCGAUGCGAGUUCAACUCCGCGAUCUACCCGAAACGGCCUCGCGACCGGAGAAUUGAAUGACAGUGAGGACGAUGACAGUUCUCUGACGUCAUUAUCGGACGUCGACUUCGAAGAUGUUCCCGUCGCCAAGCGACAAAAACUCGAGGGCACAGCUGAAGAGGAAGGCGAAGAAGACGAGGAUGACGAGGAUAUCGAAUUUGAGGAUGUCGAGACGCCACAAACGCCAUUUCCGGAUAUCCCAACACCGUCCGGCGACCUAGAGUUGACCCUAAUCCGGGACACAAGGAUAUCUUUGGUCAAUGCAUUGGGCAAGAAAGGCCCGUCCAAACUGGAGCGGAAGAUCCGAAUUGCCACACAUUGCGCGCACGUCCAGUUUCUGCUCUGGCACAAUGCAAUUCGCAACUCCUGGUUGUGCGAUUCGACGGUCCAAGGGAUUCUACUGUCGCACCUUCCGCCCAGGUUAUGGGCUGAAGUAGAUAGGUGGAGGAAAAACAGUGGGCUCGAAGCCCCCGAGGAGGCACCAAAAAAGGGCAAUCCGAAGACAAAUGGCAAGGGCAAAGGCAAGCCGAAGGCUCCGGAGCGUCAGUCCCGUGACUGGGGCGCGGCGUCACAGCACCUGGAAAAGGGCGCUGUGGACAUGAGCCAUGGGGAUCCUCUCUUCCGGCUGAUGAAAUACCUCGCGGCUUGGUGGAAGCAGCGAUUUCGUAUCACCGCGCCCGGUCUCCGCAAGUGGGGUUAUAUGACGCUUGAGAGGCUAGAUCGCCUGACCAAGGCCUUUAAGCAGGAGUCACACGACCCGGAUAGGUUCGGGGAACGGAUUGCGAGCCUGGACGACUUCCGGCUGUGUGCACAGGAGUGUGCCGGUAGCCGAGACGUCGGUGCACAGCUCUUCACCGCUCUUCUGAGAGCUCUGGGCUUGGAGGCUCGUAUGGUUGCUAGCCUCCAGCCUCUAGGGUUCGGGUGGAACAAGCUGGAGGAAGCAGAACCUGAGACAAAAGGAGCUACUACCCCUGGCCGAACGCCACAGGACAAUUCGAAUCAUGGUUCCAAGAAUGACAAGGCAUCCUCUUCGAAAACAAGCACGGCCAAGGCAGCAAGAGCGAAGGCCUCCGUUCGGUCUUCGAAACGGGUUGGCGGGACGAGUCCGGUGGAGGCACCUUCUGAUUCUGAGCUUUUCGCCGACGAUAGUGACGACGAUCUGGCCAUUGAGCUGCCACGGUUAUCCCAAAAGAGAGGAAGGCUCUAUGAUGCAGACCUUGAGUAUCCUCAUUACUGGACAGAAGUCCUCUCACCAGUCACACAUAAGUACCUCCCGGUCGAUGCCAUCGUGAAGGCCGUGGUUGCGACGAAGCGGGAACUCAUAGAAGCGCUAGAGCCUCGCGGCAGCAGAGCAGACAAGGCGAGGCAGGUUAUGGCGUACGUUGUAGGGUACUUUCAGGACGGCACCGCGAAGGACGUCACUGUACGGUACCUCAAGAGGCAAACGCUGCCUGGCCGUACCAAGGGGAUGCGCAUCCCUAUUGAAAAGGUCCCAGUCUACAACCGCCACGGCAAAAUUAAGCGAUACGAUCAGUUUGAUUGGUUCAAAUCCGUCAUGAGAGGUUAUGUCAGAGGGGAUCGGAAGCAUCCGAUCACCGAGAUAGAUGAGCUGGAGGAUUCAACAGAUUUGAAGCCAUCUAAGCCGGAAAAGAAGGAGGUCAAAGACGGCGAGGAAACCCUCCAAUACUACAAGCAAUCCAAGGAGUUUGUCCUGGCGCGACACCUCAAACGAGAAGAAGCCCUUCUGCCCAGCGCCCGUCCCGUCAGGAUGUUCAAGAACAAAUCCAAGGGCGCCUCCGCAUCCGGCGCUGGAGAAGAGCCCGUCUACUCACGCAAGGACGUCGUGCAAGUAAAGAGCGCCGAGACGUGGCACAAGCAAGGCAGGGCCCCCAUCGCGGGGGAACAGCCCUUGAAGUGGGUCCCCUACCGCGCGGCCACGACCAACCGGCGGCGAGAAAUCGCCGAGGCCGAGGCCGCCACGGGUGAGAAGGUGCUCCAGGGACUCUACAGUUACGACCAGACCGACUGGAUCAUCCCGCCGCCUAUCAAGAACGGCAUCAUCCCCAAAAACGAAUACGGAAAUAUCGACCUGUUCGUCGAGCACAUGUGCCCGGAGGGUGCGGUCCACGUGCCUUACCGCGGGGCGAUGCGCGUGGCCAAGAGGCUGGGUAUCGACUUUGCCGAGGCCGUGGUGGACUUUGAGUUUGGGCAUCGCAUGGCGGUGCCGGUGAUACAGGGCGUGGUGGUCGCAGAAGAGCAUUAUGACAGGAUGAUGGAGGAAUUGGCCAAGGACGAGGCGGAGAAGAGGCGGAAGGAGGACGAGAAGAGGCGCAAGGCGGCGCUGGCGAUGUGGCGGAAAUUCUUGAUGGGCAUGCGCAUCAUCGAGAAGAUACAGCAGGAUUACGGUCGGGUCGAGGAAGGGACGGAUGUCUUCAAGCGGGGCGGUGUCGGUCGGGCGAUGGAUGGGGAUGCUGAUGAGAGAGAGGGUGAAGGAGAAAGGCAGGAUAUGGGUGGGGGAUUUCUACCCGAGGGGUAUGAAGUUGAGGAGGAGGAGAGGACGACUGCGUUGUCUUCUGGGUUCUUUCCCGUCGUGGAUGACGAUGACGGCGCGGAGGAUGGACUCGAGGUCGAUCACGGGGAAGGGCCGAGUAGGCAGGCAACCGGGCUGGCCGAGACGGUUAUGAGCACGAAGCCAAAGAGGAAGGCAGUUAAGGCGAAAUCGUCUCGACGGAGACGGCGCAAUGCCCUUCCCAGCUCGGAAGAGGAUGAGGAUGAGGAUGAAGGGCACAAUGAGUCAGAGGAAAGUCAAGAUUUCGAGGAGGACGACUAG